AUGGAUGAAGGGUCGACAGUUACCCUUUUAGAUGAUACCUUAGCUAAAAUCAUUGGCGUGAGAGGACAACGAGAUCCAUUACAAAUUACUGGCGUAGGGAAUUCAGGGACUUCUGACCCCUCUAGCGAACGAGUCGAUUUUGAAAUUAGUGCCCUCGACAGUAAUGUAAAACAUUCAAUAAGAAACGCUCGCACCAUAAAAAGUUUAGUUCUACCUAGUCAAUCGCUUUCGGCAAACGAUAUACAAAAUUAUUCCCAUACGUCACACCUAUCUGUCGAGCCUUAUAACAAUGUUGUACCGAAACUGUUAAUCGGUCAGGACCAUUGGGAUCUCGUUACAUCAAUAAGAACAAUGUCAGUUUCUCGAUUUCAGCCAGUAGCUUCCUUGACCAAGUUGGGAUGGGUUAUUCAUGGUCAAAUACCUACGCGUUUAGAAAAAAAUAAUUAUGUAACAGUUUUAUCAAUAGAUUGUUCGCAAGAAAAUUCCGAAGACUCUUCGGACCUACAUAAAUUAGUCAAGUCAUAUUUUAGCACAGAAUGUAUAGGUAUCACUAAUAAUAGUCGAAGGAACAAAUUGGAAAAAAGGGCUGAGAACAUAUUGUCUAACACUGCGAAACGCAUAGGCUCACGUUGGCAGGUAGGUCUGUUGUGGAAGAGUGAAGAUAUCCAAUUACCGAAUAAUUACCAAAAUGCCCUUACACGCCUUUAUUCACUUGAAAGAAAAAUGGAUAAAAAUGCUACAUUCGGUGAACGAUACUGUCAACAGGUAGAAUAUUUAAUUAAGUCUGGGUACGCAAAAAAAGCAGAUUUACCCCCCGUUAAAAACCCUCGCGUUUGGUACUUACCUCAUUUCGGGGUAAUUAACCCUAACAAACCUGACAAAAUUCGUCUCGUUUUUGAUGCGUCUUCAAAAACUAAAGGAGUUUCGUUAAAUUCUAGCUUGCUAACAGGUCCGGAUCUUGUUUGUUCACUGUAUGGUGUCCUAUUGCGUUUCAGACAAAAAAAGAUAGCAUUUAUGGGGGAUAUUAAGGAAAUGUUUCUUCAAAUAAAAAUUUGCGAAGAAGACCAAGGGGCACAACGGUUUUUGUGGCGCGGAAUGAAUCGAGAAUGCGAUCCUGAAGUGUAUGUAAUGACAUCGAUGUUAUUUGGAGCGACUUCCUCCCCUUGCACUGCACAAUAUAUAAUGAAUAAAAAUGCCAAAGAUUUCGAAACAAAAUAUCCGCGAGCAACUAAAGCCAUCAAAAACAAACACUAUGUCGACGAUUAUUUAGAUAGUACAGAUUCGGAACUGGAAGCGCUCACGGUAAUCAAAGAAGUUACAGAAGUUCAUAAACACGGAGGAUUCGAGAUUACCGGGUGGGUUAGUAAUAAUAAAAUUUUACAAAGUAAACUUUCCGCAAAUAAAGAUAAUGACAUAGUUGACUUGACAAAAGAUCAUAUAGAAAGAGCUUUAGGUUUAAAUUGGAACUCGUCUAAGGACACCAUUACCUUUAAUUUCGAUAGUAGAAAAAUCCCCGAUUCAAUCGCCAACAAAAAUGAAAAUCCGACUAAACGCGAAAUGCUAAGUGUUAUAAUGUCAGUUUACGAUCCAUUGGGUAUUUUGCUACCACUUACAAUUCGAAGUAAAAUGUUGUUACAAGACGUCUGGCGAAGGAAGUGCGCCUGGGACGACAAACUGACAGAAGAAGAAUUUAUUCGUUGGAAAGCAUGGAUAUCGGAAUUAAAAAACGCGAAAGAUUAUCAGAUUCCCAGGGCCUAUUUUAAUCGAGAAGACAUACCUCGCGACAUAGAAUUGCAUAUUUUUAGUGAUGCUAGCGAUAAAGCCUAUUCCGCUGUUGCUUACUUACGAGGAAUUUUUCGAGAUGGGUCAAUUAAUGUUUCGUUUGUCGCGGGAAAGGCGAGAGUAGCUCCACUGAAGUCCCUAUCAAUCCCGCGUAUGGAACUCCAAGGAGCGUUAAUAGCGAGUAGAUUAGGCAAAACGAUUAUCGAGGAACUCGAAAUAACUAUCACGAGGCGCGUAUAUUGGACCGACUCGCUUACCGUCCUAGGAUGGAUCCAAGCAGACCCACGAAAGUACGAAGUAUUUGUAGCUCACCGCUUAGGAGAAAUCGACGAAAUAACGGACAUAGCGGAAUGGAACUGGACUCCUAGCAAAUUGAACCCCGCCGAUUGUGCAACCAAGAAUGUAGGAAAUAUACAGGUUCUUACAGAUAGAUGGCUCCAAGGACCGAAGUUCCUUUGUUCCCCCGAAUCGAUGUGGCCAAAACCGAAUUCUAUCGAUAGGAAAAUAUCUUGUGAAACCGAAGCAAAACGCGAGUUUGUCACCGUUGUUAAAGAAAACAUAACACAAGUUCUGCCAGAGAUUUCGCACUUUUCUAAGUAUUUAUGUCUGAUCAGAAGUACAUCAUGGGUAUUGCUGUCCCCCCAACGUUGGCGUGGAAACAAAAGGGCCACGCUCACCCCAGACCUUUUACAGAAAGCCGAACUCGCGUGGAUAAAACGACUACAAAGAGAAUGCUUCGGGUCCGAAAUCCAAAAGUUGAAAGAUGGUAAACAAUUAGAUAAAGAUAGUAGGCUUAAAGGUCUUUCACCCGUAAUGGACGCGGACGGAGUCACACGAAUUGAUGGUCGAAUAAAAGUAGCCACCGAUGUUUCAUACGACGUUAAGUUUCCGGUAAUCCUAGACGGUAAGCACCCGUUCACUCGAUUGAUAGUGCAAUAUUAUCAUGAAAAAUUCGGACAUGCCUCACCUGAAACGAUUGUUAACGAACUGAGACAGAAGUACUGGAUAAUAAAACUACGCCCCACGGUAAGAUCUGUCUCUGCACAAUGCCGAUGGUGUCGUGUCCAGAAAGCAAAACCGCAAAUUCCCCGCAUGGGCGACUUACCCAUAGAGAGAUUGGGUCAUCAUCAAAGACCUUUCACGUUUUGCGGGAUAGAUUACUUUGGUCCUAUGUUGGUCACUGUAGGAAGACGAAACGAAAAGAGGUGGGGUGUUCUCAUAACGUGCUUAACGACCCGGGCUAUUCACCUUGAACUCGCUUCUUCCCUGUCCACCAAUUCCGCUAUUAUGGCACUCAGGCGUAUGAUAGCUCGACGUGGUUGUCCUUCAGAAAUAUUUUCGGAUAAUGGCACAAAUUUAAAGGGAAUGGACCUGGAACUCCAAAGGUCGAUUAAAGAAAUCGAUUAUGACACAAUAGAACAAGAAAUGACGAGUCGUGGAAUCAAAUGGCGAUAUAUUCCCCCGUCGACUCCUCAUAUGGGCGGAAGCUGGGAGAGGUUAGUACGUAGCGUUAAAGUAGCUUUAGCAGUAACUCUGAAAUCAAGGGCACCCAAAGAAGAGGUGUUGUCGACAUUGCUGGUUGAAGCCGAAAACGUUGUAAAUAGUCGACCAUUAACCCACGUGUCGGUUGAUCACCGUGAAAGGGAAAGUUUAACUCCUAAUCACUUUCUAAUCGGCUCAUCGUCAGGAGCAUCAAUUCCCGGAAAUUUUAACAAUGAUGAUUUGUGUUCCCGAAAGACCUGGCGGAAGUCACAACGUCUAGCCGACAUGUUUUGGGCUCGCUGGUUAAAAGAAUACAUGCCCAGUUUAGUAAUUAGGAAAUGUUGGACUCAAGAAGUGAGACCGCUGUCAGAAGGUGACGUGGUAUUAAUCGCAGAUCCAACUCUUCCAAGAAAUUUAUGGCCGAAAGGAAUUAUUUUAGAGACUAUUCCAGGUAAAGAUAAACGCGUCCGUUCAGUUAACGUGCGCGUUAGAAAUCGAAUUAUGAAAAGAUCAGCAGCAAAUAUUAUUGUACUGGUUCCUGUAGAAGAGAGUACGGGAGUUACUUACUCUCGUACUGGGGGUGAGGAUAUUGAACACAGGAACUAG